AUGCGACGAUGUUACCGCCAGUUACCAAGGAGUGCCGAGCUGUGUGCAGCCAUCUCAAGUCCCAAGUCUCAGCCGCACUUGCACUCGUCGUACUUAACCUCGCACAACGCAAUUCUUGCUAGCUUUCACAUUCCCUAUAUGCAACCGUAUCAAGUCGCAAGUCUCGACCGCGCUCGCACUUGUUGUAUUCAACCUUGCACAACGCCAAUCAUCUUUCUUGCUGGCUUUUCACAUCCCCUCUCGUUGAUACUCUGGAGUCGUACUCUAGAGAACAUUGUACCGUCUGCUUGCACUUGUUCUCUGAGUCCUCGAGAAUACCAUACCGCCACCCAUCGCCCUACCAUACCGCCACCCAUUGCUCUACCAUACCGCCACCCAUUGCUCUACCGUACUGCCACCCAUCGCUCUACCGCACCGCCACCCAUCGCCCGCCUAGCUUGUCGCCUCAUGGCCUUCCUGGAAGAUUUUGCAACGACAGCGGCUGAAGUCGAGAUGGACAUCCCCUCAGUCUCGGAGGGCUCGUCUGACGAGAUUGCUGGCGAUAUGGAGGUCUCUGGGGCGAGCUCUCCCACUGUGGCUGGCGCAGCUACGGCGGGUAGGGCACCCUCUGUUUCGAACUCCUUCAACGCUAGUAAUGUUGCUAGUGCCUCUCCUGUCGUCAGCCAGCUUCUUCCAUCCCCAUUCCUGUCUGCUAGCACUCAUGCUUCCGGCGUCUCCUUCUUAACUGCCCAUACCCAUACCCAUACUUUUGACUCCCACUUUCCACCGCCAGACAACUGGAUGGCUCUGGUGUCGGGUGGCAGUAUUUCUACUGCGGCUCCAGCGUUGAGCGCUGUUUUGGGACCAAUGUCAGGGGUCGGUACUUGUGCUGCGGGUACGCUGCGCCCUCCAGACAAUGAGACCAAGGUCAGAGGUGGAGGUUCGGCUAAACGGCCACGUGUGGGUGCCGUGCAGAGAGGAAACAGCAGCAGGCCGGCGAGUGCUAGGCAGUCUCAGCAGCUUGUCGAAUCAAUGGCUAGAAAACUAGGUCGCACAGUGGCGCAGUGGGACCUCACGAUGCAAGAGUGGGGUUAG